CGUCGUUUAAGCGUUUGGAUUUGUACCUUUUUAACGUACAAAACGAAAAUAAAUAUUGACAUUGAAUCACUUCCACGUCAAUUUUGUCGGCAAUCUUUUUUUGUUGAUUUAUCACCUAAGAAAUAGCAAUGGAUGGUGGAAUAUUGGAACCAUCUCUGUAUAUGGUAAAAGCUGUUGCCAUACUAGACAACGAUGGAAACCGUUUAGUAACAAAGUAUUAUGAUGAUCAGUUUCCUACCUCAAAAGAACAGAAGUCUUUUGAGAAAAAUUUGUUCAAUAAAACUCAUAAAGCUAACUCUGAAAUAAUAAUGUUUGAAGGUUUGACCUGUGUUUAUAGAAGUAAUGUAGAUCUGUUCUUCUAUGUUGUUGGCAGUUCCCAGGAAAAUGAGUUGAUAUUAGCCAGUGUUUUAAAUGCUUUAUAUGAAUCAGUGAGUCAAAUCUUGAGAAAGAAUGUAGAAAAAAGAGCAUUGUUAGAUAAUAUGGAUGCUGUGUUUUUAGCUGUAGACGAAAUAUGUGAUGGAGGGAUAAUUUUAGAUUCUGAUGCAACAUCAAUAGUACAGAAAGUAUCAUUACGAACAGAUGAUCUCAAUAUAGGUGAACAGACUAUGGCACAACACUUAGCUAAAAAAUUAGAGGUUCUACAGAGCGCCAAGGAACAGAUCAAGUGGUCAUUACUGAAGUGAGGACAUUUAUCAUUUAUUUAUUCAUCUUGGGAGAGGAAGAGAUAAUGUGAUAUAGUUGUGGACCAUCAUUUUUGGAAGAUACUUUGAAAUAACUUAAUUUUAUAGCUGACAUGUUUUCCCGUGUCAAAUGUAUAUCAAAAGUUCUUACAAAUUAUGAGGGAUAAAUGUGCAUAUACAUUACCAUAGAUGGUUCAUUUCAUCAAAAUUCAUUCUAAUAUAUAGAUGCAAUGAAUUGUAUUCAUUGUUAUUGUUUAUAAUCAUGUUGAAAAGAAAUUCAGUAUGUUCAUGUAUUUUGUUAAACCUAACAAGCGCCAGGAAAGCCACAGAAGGACUAAAUACCCAUAUUUUAACAUAGUUUUACAAAAAUUUCAUACUUGGAUGCAAAAUUUCUGUGCACUCCAAUUUUAUUCCACUGAAGUUUCAAGAUUGUUCAAUGUCCUAAAAAAGAAUUAUUAUUAUAAAUUUUCUUUGAAAUCAUUGUAUUGAAUUUGGAUUUAUUAUUUAAAGUUGUCAAUUAACUGCAGAGACAAACAAUAGUUUUUAAACAUUUCACAACUCUUUAGUUAUUUAGAUUGCAAAAUAUGAUAAAACCGUUAGGAAAUUAUAUUUCAUAUUACAUUGAAAAUUAAUGCCAGAUGAACUGAAGUAUUUAAUGAAGAACCAUGUUUGGUUUAGUUAAAUACCAUAGAAUAUUCUUUGUACCUCAUAGUUUAAUUUAGACUGGCUCCCAGUUUCACCCUGUCUUAAUACAUAGCGUUCACCAUACUAAGAAAAAGCUACAUCCCAAUUAUGUUGAAUGCAAAGAAGUUAUAUUUACAGUUUCACUGUGAAGAUGACUAGAUGAACAGUAAUGGUAUUGAACUACUACUAGAAUUUUUCUUUACAAAAGAAUUAUUAAUGACCAUUUUAAUGUUUAGCUGUUGAAUUUUAUUUAUAUAUGAUGUCAAAUGUUUUGAUGAAACAUGUAGAAAACUCAAUAAAUAAAUACAUGUGUACUA